AUGGCAAGAUUAAGGAAGGAUAGAUUGUCAGUCGGGGAGUGCGGCAUAUGCAUAUUGGUCGGCUGCGAUCUCUCCUUCGAGUCUAUUGAUGUCUCGUCUGUUCUUCACGACUCAAUAGAGGUUCAGGGUAUUAAAAUCAGGAGUGCGUGCCGUGAUUUUAAUGCACAUCACAGCUCGUGGGGCUGUGGUAAGACGGAUGUUGUGGGCAGGAAUCUGCUGGACACUCUUGACAGACUGAAUCUGGUUAUUACCAAUAAUAGAUCUCCCACUCUCCUUACGCCUCCUGGAUCCGCUGUCUGGAUCAUCGAUCUGGCUAUUGCCUCCGCUUAUUUUGUUCCCUUUUGUACUUUUCUCAGCUUGCCUGACACGGCCGGCAGUGAUCAUUUUCCCAUAGCCAUUGGUCUGGGUGUUGACGCUCCUCCCAAAAGAAGGUUUUUAUAUAAGAUUAAGCUAGGCAAAUCUCAAAAAGCUGAUCUUUUCGCUCGAUUAUCUAAAGAAUCACAUCUUCUAGAGUGCUUAGAGGAGGACGAUGAGGCGGCUACUAGCUACUCUCGUUUUAUUGAUUUGAUCAAAAGUCAUGUAUCUUCCGUUCUUCCGGAUAGAGACAUCUCUCCUCGCACGAAACUUGUUAAAAAAUUCAAAGCCUCUCCAGUAUGGUGGGACGAAGAUUGCCAAAGGGCUAUUGAAAGCAGAGCAAAGGCGAUGCACAUUUUCAAGCAAUUCUCAUCGAUUAAUAAUUUAAUUGCAUAUAAGAAAGCCUGUGCUUCGUGCAUUAAAAUUAUUAGCAAAGCCAAGAGGGAUAAAUGGAGGGAUCUUUGUAGCUCCUUUGACGGUAAAACUCCUACCGCCAAACUUUGGAACUUUAUUAAAUCAUUUAGGAAUAGGAAUCUUGUUCUUACUAAUGACGUAUCAUGCCCUGCUCAGGUCAUUGAUCAGGCUAUCUUUAAUUUGUGCCCAGACUCUUGCUUGGAUGGGAACCUGCCAUCCCUUUCACAAAUGAAGUUACAGGAUGCAAAUUCUCCUAAUGUAAUUAUCUCUCUUAACGAAGAUUUAUCUAGGAUGGAGUUAGACUUGGCUUUGAGCUCCUCUAGGGUCAGUUCUGCUCCGGGAUUGGAUCAGAUUGAUUAUGAUCUUCUCAAUAUUCUCACGGAAGAAUAUCGCGUCAAGCUUCUUGACAUCUUCAAUAAUAUCUUUAAAACCGGCUCAUCCCCUGAAGUCUGGAAAUCUGCCUUAGUAAUCUUUAUCCCCAAGAGCGAUGGUAAGGGCCUCAGGCCCAUUUCCCUUCUUUCUUGUGUAUUCAAAUUAAUGGAAAAGAUCAUCUAUUAUCGACUGCGCUGGGCCAGACCUAUCUUGCCCGACUUUCAAUUUGGUUUUAGAUCGUCUAAAUCUUGCGCAGAUUAUUUGUGUACUCUUACUAACUAUAUACCAGGUGUACAAGUAUGA